UUAUUGCAAAGGAGGGGCUGAAGAGAAGAGAAAGGUACUCCAUAAAGGCGGUGACGCCUGUCACCUACAAACCCCUUGUUCCUUCUAUAUAAGCCCCACAACUUCACCCCAUUAGCCUCUCCCUCUCUCUAAGUCACCAAUACUAGCACCUGUUCAAUUUAGCCUCUGCCACAUCCUUCUGUAGUUAACUGUUCUUUAUUACAACCAUGCAACUUAGUUUAUCAACACCUUUUGCUUUUGCAACUUUACGAUAUUCUCAGGUUGCUAUUGUGAUGGUACCAGUCCUGUUCUGCUGUUUUUCGUUGUUGCUUCUUUUUCUUCAAUGGCAUCACCCCAAAGACAAACGCCUACCACCUGGCUCAAUGGGCUGGCCUUAUAUUGGAGAGACACUCAAGCUCUAUACUGAGGAUCCAAAUUCCUUCUUCUCCGAUAGGCAAAAACGGUUUGGAGACAUAUUUAAGACCCACAUAUUGGGAUGCCCUUGUGUAAUGAUUUCAAGUCCAGAAGCAGCAAGAAUUGUUCUAGUGACACGGGCUCAUUUGUUCAAGCCUACAUAUCCGACCAGUAAAGAAAAGAUGAUAGGACCAGAGGCUCUGUUCUUUCAUCAAGGGCCCUAUCAUUCAAGACUCAAGAAGUUGGUGCAGGCCUCUUUUUUACCCUCUGCCAUAAGAGGGUCUGUCUCAAAGAUCGAGCAAAUUGUCCUCAGACUUCUUCCCACUUGGAAGAGUAACACUAUUAAUACUUUGCAAGAAAUGAAGAAGUAUGCUUUUGAUGUGGCAAUGAUUUCUGCCUUUGGUGCGAAACAAGACUUGGAAAUGGACGGGAUUAAGCAUCUGUAUCGGUGCCUGGAGAAGGGAUAUAAUUCUAUGCCUCUGGAUUUACCAGGAACACCCUUCCACAAAGCAAUGAAAGCAAGGAAGCUACUCAACGAGACAUUGAGGAAAUUGAUACAGAAGAGAAGGGAAAGCGGGAGACGUGAAGGAGGAUUGCUUGGAGUUUUAUUAGGAGCUAAAGAUCAGGAGAAGCUGAAUCAGCUUAGUGAUUCUCAAAUUGCAGAUAAUAUAAUUGGAGUGAUAUUUGCUGCUCAUGACACGACUGCUAGUGUCCUGACAUGGAUCUUGAAGUACUUGCAUGAUAAUCAAGAUUUACUAGAAGCUGUCACGAGAGAACAGGAACUGAUUAGAAGCAAAAUAGUAGAGGCAAAUCGAGGGCUUACGUGGGAGGAUACAAGGAGCAUGCCGUUGACUAGCCGGGUGAUCCAAGAGACGCUAAGAACAGCAAGUAUACUGUCUUUCACGUUCAGAGAAGCAGUUCAAGAUGUUGAGUUUGAAGGCUACUUUAUCCCCAAAGGUUGGAAGGUUCUUCCUCUCUUUAGAAGCAUUCAUCAUUGUGCAGAUUUUUUCCCUCAACCCGAGAAAUUUGAUCCUUCAAGAUUCGAGGUGCCUCCGAGACCUAACACGUACAUGCCCUUUGGCAAUGGAGUGCACUCCUGUCCAGGAAGUGAGCUAGCCAAGCUUGAGAUGCUCAUUCUACUGCACCAUCUCACAACCACUUACAGGUGGCAAACUGUGGGAGGCGAGGAUGGUAUACAGUAUGGCCCUUUCCCUGUGCCCAAACUGGGGUUACCUAUAAGGGUGAACCGCAGGAACAAAGCAGCGAUAUCCUGAUUGGAUAGAAAUCGAAUUCUCAACAGUGAUCGGAACUGUUUCAAUGAAGCCAAAAAAGCAAAAUGGCCCCAUUGAGUUUCUUCUUUGAUUUUUUUUGUUUGUUUUCCUUUAGUUUCAUUUUGGUUGUUAAAAAUCGUUGUUGGGGAUCCUUAAUUUUCUAAUUUGAUGGGCUGUGUAUGGUUUGUUGAUAUAGGUAUGGUUUGUUAAUAUAGGUACGUAGGUUGGCAAGUCAAUGUCAAGAGCAUCCUCAUGUCUAAUUCUGCCU